AUGUCUUCAUGCUCCCGAUGCUUUGAAAGUUCAAAGCAAGCCAAAUUAGCUGAAGGGGCUGACAGAAUUAGCGGUUUACCAGAUGAAAUUCUUGGGCACAUACUUUGUUUUCUUCCAACAAAGUAUGCAGUCGGAACUAGUGUUUUAUCACACAGAUGGCAGUAUCUAUUUACUCUGAUAACCAACUUUGAUUUCGAUGAGACACUCGUGUUUUCUUCUAGAGGUUCAGUGGCUAGCUAUCAUGAUCUGUCAGAGUCGAAAUUAAAUAGCCUGUGUAAAAGAUAUUCAAAGGGGUAUAGCAAAUUCAAGUAUUUUGUGGAUCGAGUUUUGAUGCUUUGUAAGUCCACACACAUGAACAAAUUUCGCCUUAACUGUGCUAAGAGAUAUGAUUCUAAUCAUAUUAAAAGAUGGAUAGAGUUUGCAUUACUUAAAGGUGUUUCAGAGCUUGAUGUCUUCACAUAUCAGUUUAAUUCAAGUGUUACACAACAACUUUUCGUGUGUGCAACAUUGGUGGUGCUGAAGUUACAUGGAAAAUUCGAAAUGAAAUUACCUGAAUCCUACUUUUUGCCAAAUCUGAAGUUCUUGCAACUUAAGUCUGGCAAAUUCCCAGAGAAAUUCCCUUUGAACAGCCUGAUAUCUGGCUGUCCAAUGCUGGAGGAUUUGGUCAUUGAAAGCAGAUGGGGAUAUGAUGUCAAAGUUAUUACCAUUUCUUCUCCUACUCUGAUAAAUAUGACCUUGAAUUUUACAACCACUGGUUUUGGCUGGCCUAGGACUGAUGUUUUGCUGGAUCUUCCUAAUCUCAAACACAUGAUCAUUAUGAACCCUCCUCAGAAUUUCCGUGAUUCUAUGACAGAACUAUUACACGGAGUCUCUAGUGCCAAACAUCUACACCUCUCCGGAGAUUUGGAGGUAGCUCUUUAACUUUGGGACUUUGAUUUUUCUAUUAAUUUUUUUUUUUAUCAAUGUGAAUUCUUAAGAAUCUUAACGCGUUUUCUUUGAUGGUUGUAUGUAGGCUCUGGAAUAUGGUGAAUAUAAGCUUCCGAGCUUCAAUCACCUGUCCUGCUUUAAUUUAGAUUUGAGUGGCCUAUGUGAUAACUGGGAACACUUCCUGCCAGCAUUUCUGCACAGCUCUCCCGUGCUUGAGAAUCUUGUGUUUCCUGGGGUUGGUAGAUCUUUCUCUUCUACAAAAUCAUCCGUUGUAUGUUACAAUUGAAUUUGUUUUCCUAAUUUUCUUCCAUUCUGUCAACUUGUUCAGGGUCUCCCAAUUAAAAAAAUAAAUUAUAGGUACGAGGACAAAUGCUUCUGGAAUUUGCAAACACCGCCUUCUUGUCUUUCCUCUCACCUCAAGACUAUUACCAUAGAUUCAUUUCAUGGCCAGGUUUAUGAAGAGCUGAAUAUAACAAAGUAUUUUCUGAGGUAUGGGAAAGUUCUGACAAAGCUGAUAUUAUGCUGUAAAUUGAGAUCC